CCUCAACACGUCGCCGAUUCGACCGACUGCUAUAUGAGUCCCGUCGUGUUUACGGCCGACAACCCAGAAAGAUGCCGCAGAAAGCACUGGGAUCCAUUGUAGGUCUUCUUUGUACCGGGACCUGUCUAGUGCAGGGAAAGGAGUUCUGUUUCGGGGUAAAUAAUGAACAGUACCGCUGUGAGAUGGGAUACUGUUGUGGAGAGACAGAGUGCUGCACCUACUACUAUGAGCUCUGGUGGUUCUGGUUGGUAUGGACCCUCAUUAUCAUGCUUAGCUGCUGCUGUGCCUACCGACACCGGAGGGUUAAGAUGCGUCUCCAGCAGGAGCAACGCCAACGAGAGAUCAGCCUUAUGGCCUACCAGGGAGCCUCCAGCUCCUUCAUUUCCCCUCCACCGCUUAAUCUAAGGUUCUGGAAUGACUGCAAGCUUCCUGACUAUGAAGAGGUGGUAGGUCACCCCCCCACACCACCUCCUCCUUACUCUGAAAACCCCCCUGAGACGACUCCAGCAGUCCUUCCACAAGUAAGCCAGCCAGACGCCAUGGUGCCACAACCCCCGCCUGUGGCAGACCCGAGGGCAGACAGUCAGGCAGCAGGCUCAUCAUCAGACCCGGAAGCAGCGUCGAUGUCGACCCAAGCACAAUGUCUGGCCGAGGAGAAUGCAGAGCCUUCGCUGGUUGCGGCGGCGGCGGCAGAGGGGGAGGAUGAGGAGCUCAUCACCCGACGUCGCCAUGUCACCGGCGACUCAGGGAUCGAGGUGUGCGUUUGCCAGAUGGAUUUAGAUGAGGGCUCGGGGCUCGAGGAGGAAAGCGACGAGGAGCACCGGAUGUGUAAGGUCACUGGUCAGGACUGCUGCUCCGGGCACCAACAGCCGACCUUCACACAGAAGGAGCACGCCUCCGAGCUGCCCAGUCAGACCGCCAGCACCAGCACUGGAGACCACAUGGUUUGAUCCACAGCAUAACUAACCAGCCAACCAGUGCAUCUUUCCGCUUCGCGCAGGGUGAUACAAGAUAUCUGUUGCCAUCAUCAUCACCACAGAGACUGUUUGUGUUUUAAUUCUCUGAACUAACACACAGGCAUGACAUUAAGAUGAUGAUGAUAACUAAUCCCUAAUGGCUUCUGAUUAGGAAAGAUGAAUAACACAUUGUGUGGACAAACUCCUGGCUUUUUUUAUUUUAUUUUUUGGCUUUGCUUUUCUUUAGUGGGGAAACCAGCAAACACGUGCUCCAUUUUGUAUGUUUUUUUUUUCCUUAGUGAAUGGGAGAACAUCACUGGGUAGUGAGAAGGCAGCAAUUGAUUGUGACUGAAACCAGACUGUUUCCCUCUCUCCUAUCCUCUCCUCAAGCACUGCCAUCAUGUUUCCGUUUCUGUCGCUCCACGCUCCUUGAUCAGAACUGUCUGGCUGUCCUUCCAUCUGACAUUUUACCUCUGGUGGGAUGGCCAGCUAGGAGCAUACCAACCAAUCAUUAACAUGUAUCCCCAAUCCCCACCAUGACUCAGAGGCAAAGGAGUCAGAAACAAACCUCCUGUAAACUUCGGAUGAUACUGUAUGAACUGACAGGAGCACACAUUUCGUUUCCCCCCCCCAAAGCUGUGUGUAUGUGAGAGUUUGUGUGUGUGCUGUGAAAUCUAGGGCACAGCUGCAUGAUGAUGUCAGCUCUGAGGUCAUGGCAACCAGCGUCUGGUGUGAAGUCUGGGAUUUAUUGCAUACAGAGUGGGGGAGACUUUACACCCACAAAGAGCAGAAGAGACAGAUUAGGAGGAGUUUGGUGUUUUGUGUCUGGGUUUUAAAUGUCACACACCUCCCUCCCAGCAUUUUUUUUCCUUAUUGAUAUCCAUAUUGUGGUCUCCACAGCUCUGUGGUCACCCUUUGGCAUGACUGUAGGUAAGGAGCCACCAGCUUUUAAUGAUUUAUCGAUUGUGUGCACGUCAUCGCCCUCUUCGGUUUCUGACUGCAUUGAGUUCAUAGUGAUAGCCAAGAGGGCUUUGCCACCAAUUUGUAAUCAAUAAAAAGCCUUGUGGUGGCUCUGUGUUAGUGUGUUUUGUUUUCUGUGUUAUGUCAGAGUGAGCAGAGGAAGCACUUUGCUCAUUCUAAACAAAGUAUAAAGUUUGAUUUUCAUAACGAAAGACAUACUAGCUUUUCUUCCUUUCAUAACCAGCUAUGCUUCGGUAAAUGCCGCAGGUGUCACCAUUAAUUGCAACAAAGCUCCCGACGGGGGCUGCUAGAGUGUGUACUAGUGAGUGGAGGUGAUAGUGCAGUAGGGAUGUCUUGUGUGUUUGUGUAUCUUUAAAGUGCUGAAGCAUCUGGUUGUAAUACGUGCUCAGCGCUGAGGUGGAUUAACUAUUAAAAGCACUGGUAUUUUGCAUGAGGCAUGAAUUUCUGUUUAUAUUUUAGUUUAUUAGCAUUUUCUAGCAGUUGCGCUACUUGCUUUGCUCACCAGUUUGUGAAAUGAUAGUGGGCUUCACGACUGUGUACCCAGAUGUCGGCACAAAACAAUAGACUGUGGUUGAAGUUUAGACGCCCUGGAUCCAGUUUCAUUGUGUUAUGAGCGUGUGAGCCAUGCUGUGCUGUUGUGUGGUGCUUGUAGCUAGUAAGCUCACGCUGUCUAGGCUCUCCUUGGCCCCUGUAGCUCUUGGCAGCGUGAGGGAUUUGCAGUGGUAUUUUCCAUUGGCAGCAGAGGGUGGGUGCAUUAGUAAGUUGAGGUGCAUGCAGGCUCUGUGCAGUGUUGGCACAGCUGCAGAAUCUGUCAUGAUUAACUGCAUGCUUCUCUGCGUUGCAUGUUGCUUGCCCUAAUAUAAAGUACAGUGUGUAUUCAAAGCAUAGCAGCUAAAGUGAUUGUUGAGAGCUGGGAAAACCUCAGAGAAAACAAAAUUAUGAUUUGUUGCAAGAGGAAAGAGUUUCAUUGAGAAUUUAGUAUUUGCAACUACUUUUUAUGUGUCUGCUCUGAUACCGUGUGUUAGAAUGGGCACAGUGUAAAGACUCAGGUCGGUCAUUUUGUUGCUCACAAGCAAACACGCCUGAUUGGCCGUUAUCAUAGUUAGUGUGUAGCCUUCAUGGUGCUAUGUUCUAGAUAAAUCCAUUAAAAUCUCCGAGAUACAGUAUCUUUGCUGGGUUAGCAGUUAUCACUUCACAGACUACAAACAUGUUGCGACUUUCUUUAAAUAUAGCUGUUAAUCAUGCAUUUCCAGUUGGCAAAGUGGGGAGUAAAUGCUAACAUUUCAUGCUUGCCAGAUAUUUAUUUAAGCAUUACAAUUAAUUGGCAUGUCUCUUUAUUUUCAGCACUGAUCGAACCCUGACAGAGGAGAUUCUUGGCUUCUAAACAAGACGUGACACCGGGUUCUGCAUGUAAAUGUGUAUAAUUUUAAGGCCCAUGCAGCUCUGUGGCCCAUUACAGUGUUUCCUCCAACUCGCAGCAGCCCAGAGCUCUGUACUGGCUGUGGUUGAGCUUCUGCUGUUAUAGCUACACCACACACUGCUGUGGCUAAAGCAUGGGCAAGCAAUACAAGAGGUGCACCGAAAAUAUCAAUAUAGAGUGAAACAAAAUGAGGCUUAAAUUUGAAGAAGAUGUUGUUGCCUGUUCAUGUUGUUGCAAAGUUUUGCAGCCCUCCUUUAGUUGAGCAGGUGCUUCAAUACGAAGCUGACCUAACAUGACAACGACCUUUCAGAGGAGCUGUUACACUGUGAGCAUGACUGCACACCGGUUAGCAAAAGUAAUAUCAGACAUUUUUUUUGUUUUGACCAACACACCUCAAGCUGCCUUGCUGCGUCCCUAGAGAGCAAAUGUCUUGGAUUAUGGAGCUGCACAAUAAAAUGAAGCCUCUGAGUGCGGAAACAGACGUGCUACUGCCUUAUUAGAGUAGAUAUAGUUUCCUUUGAAUGGUGGUAGCUGUGUUUGUUCGUAGCAUGUUUGAGGAGUGCUUUUGUAUUGGUAGAAGAUAGUUCCUGCGCUUGUUCCGAGAAAGUUUGCCGGCUUUGUGAGAAGAGGAUGUGGUUUGAAAACCAUUUAAAGCCACAAGAUUCGAGCUGUCACGUGUUGUGUAGAGUUUUAACUUGCUUUUGGUUUUGUACCUGAGGGGUGGUUGUGUUGAGUCUAAAGAAUACUGUGUGUAGUUAGUUGUGGCACUGAUCGAGUUAGUUAAGACCAGAUUUGGAGUUCGUGCUCGUUCUUUUUUUUUUUUUGUUCCAUGGAUCUGGUCAUAGUUAGUUUGUGAUAUUAUUAACCGACUUGAAAGCAUGAGGAAAAUGAGGAAAAAAAUGUUUUCUAAGGUUUUGUUGUGAUCCAUCCUGUGUGUGUUUGGAGGAUACAAAUGAACUCCAGUAAGAGACUGCGUCGUAACCUUCUUGCAAAGGUGCAUUUAUGCUUAUUUGUAUGUAGACAAAAUAAUAUGGGAUGGGGGAGGAAUGAGGGAGGGAUAGGGGUUCUUUUGUGCAUGAGUGAACUGGAGGUCCAUAGUUUCCCCAUUGCCAAACAACUACUAUGCCUCCCUGGUUUUCACAUGUUUACCAAGAUUAAGGGCUAUAUCAGUUGUCAAUUGUGGACAAACAUCCAGCCAUCCAUUCCACUGAGUGAUAAGUCUCCUCUGUGCUGUCAAUUCAAAGCCACAGUUGCCGAGAUCCACUAUCGGAACAUGGUCAGUGUUUGGAUGUUCCUUUCAUGUUGUGGUGGAGCUCAUAUUUAACAAUAGCUGAUUGUAUGUGACUGUAUGUUUGUUUAUAGGCUUUAACUUUGCCUUUUUUGUUUUGUCAUUGGAGUUGCGUGAUGCGAUUUCCUUCCAAUUCCCUGCCUCCUCCACCCAAUGAGAUGAUUUCUUUCUUGUGUAACGAGCUGCAUGUGUGGUUGUGACAUGAGUUGUGCUCCGCUGGCUCUGUGCGCACCGUGACUUUACCCUCUGUCUUGGUAACAGAAACCGUAGCCAAGCGCUCUGCACGCAGACCCCUUGGAAACAGGAGGGCGCGCCCAUCCAUGCAGAAGUGUCGACAGAAUAAUCUACCAAAGUUGCUGUCGUCUCCACGCUACAGAUCGUCACUGUUUUCACUGGUGUGUGUGUGUGUGUGUGUGUGUGUGUGUGUGUGUGUGUGUGUGUGUGGUUGUCAUGACGAUUUGGUUUCCCACUCUCAGGGUUAUCUUUAACAAGCAAUGCUAGAGUUUUAAAUUAACACAUUAUCUGACCCACCUGUUUCAUAAAGCCAAAGCAGUUCAGUCAUGAUAACCGUCUCCCCCAUGUGUUGUGUAAUGUUUCCUCUGCAUCACGCAUCUCUGUAGUCUAUUGUACUUAACUAGGCUAUGCAAAAACAUACUGUUAUAUGCUGCGAUCCCUUUUUCUCACUCUCUCUGUCAUUUGUUUGUGGGCACCAGUACAAGCAAUAUAACUCUCAGUACUUGUGGCACUGCACUGUACUGUAAUCUUUGGUUGAUGUGUGUGUACAUGUAUUUGUUUAAGAAAAGUUGUAAAAAAAAAUACUUGUAAUGCUACUGCAAUGAUGUGGUGAGUAUGUAUGCUUCAGUGUCAGCGGAGGGGCUUGAGUUAAAAGCCAUUCUAGUUUAUAUAUCCUUUUUUUUUUUCACCCUCUUUUUGGCUUUUCCCCGCCUGCCUCCUCAACCACUAACACUUUGUACUCUGGACUUAUGGAUAAACCACAUUAUUAUGAGUUGUUUAAGCCGGAGGGAAAAGUUGAAUAUAUUGUUUUUGUUGGAUUAACUCAUGUUUGAUAUCUUUAAACUGUUUGCCACUUUUCCAUCCGUCAUUUUUGGUGCACUAAUUCGAUGUGUUGGGUUUUUUUUUCCAGUUAAAGCAACAGCUUUCUUCUUUUUCCAUCUCGAUGAAGUUUCACUGACUGUUGCCUUUUAAUCCUCAGUUAGUACAACACAAUUUCAGAACUUUUAUAUAUUAUACACAUGAAAGACCUCAACAUGGAACACAGUUGGCUUACAUUAGACAUUUAGGCUCAAACAGGAACACCCUGAGCUCAUCAGUGUCAUCGUUCCUGUCCAACAACUUGUAAACUGUACUUUUAUCCUCAACCAUAGAUGAUACCAAACAGAUGAAGGUGCCAUGGUUGAGCUAUGUGGAUUUUUUUUUUUUUUUUUUGCCAAAAUGAGAAACAUCUUAGUGUGAGAAGGAAGCAGGCAUUUACAAACACACAACAGACUCUUUUUACAUUGUUUUCCUAAUAACUUAAAACAAGCCAAAAUGAGUAAAGUGGAAAAAAAGAGAAAAUUUAAAGCACUGAAUGAUAGAUAAAAAAGGCUUUGGGUUUCGUAAGAAGUCUGCUGUGUACUCGUUGGGUCAUCAUUUGUAUUUUAUUUUUGUAAUAAAACAAAGAUUGGCACUCAGCUGA